CGAGUAGUUUAUUUGUUAAAAUUCGUGAUCAGCCGAUCGAUAUUAUUUGUUCGAGAGCAACUUUCAGCCCUCCUGCCCUGCUCGCACCUCCUGAAAUAACUCCUCUCCGAUUAAACACGCGUAGCAAUUGCUCUCCUCAACUUAUUCCGAAGUUACUGCACAUUUGUGUGGUUAGAUUGGAAAAGGUCAGAGAGGGGGUGUGACCGAGAUCAGUAUGAGUUUGGUGUGGGUGAAAUUCCUAUCACAAUGAAGACAUGAUCGAUAACGGAAACAAUUCGCAGGAAGAGGAAAUUGAACUUGAAAUACAUUCGGAAUCCGAAGUUCUUGAUGCUGUUGAAAAUAAUUGCGGCAGUGGCUACAUAGACAACAAUAUCGAGCCUGAAAUGCGUUUUUCUGACAGUCAUCACAAAGAUAAAGACGUCGUAAAACAUGAUUUUACACAGCAAUUUAGUUCAAAGAAUGCAAAGAUAAUAUCAUGCUGCAUCGUUUGUGGUUUUGUGUUGUAUCACACAAUCUUACGUCUAUUUCAUGGCAUAGAUACGUGCCAGUGGCUGCUUUCGGAUGGGAAUUUCAGAGAUCAAGUUUGGCAACCGUAUGGUUGCAUGAUGCAUCACUAUAACCACUUAGAUGCAAGACGAUGCAUGAAAUACAUGGAGUAUUGGGGAACCAAAAACCACUUUGUGUUUGUUGGGGAUUCACGAAUGGAACAGCUUUAUCAUGCAUUCAUUCAUCAAAUUGUCCCCACUUAUGAGUGGGGUGUAGUUCAUCCUCCACGAGCUGGUCCACUAUCACCCAGUAGCACGAUAACUCCAAACUAUGUGGACCCUGUAAAGUUGGCUAAUCAAGAUCUGUCAUACAAUGAUACCCAAAUUGGACUUCGGGUUCAAUACUUGUUCCUCCCAUAUCCGAAUAAAACCAUGAUUUCUGCUUUACAACAGUGGAAGAACUCAAAGGAUUGGCCAAAGACCUUAGUAAUAGGAACUGGCAGUUGGACAAUUAAAAAUUCUAAGGUAGAUGCUGUUGAGCUCCUAUUACAAUCAGAAUAUGCAUCGGUUGUCACACACCUAACUGUGAUUUUAGAUGGGCUUGUUGAAGCCGGUGUGGACGUGUUGUGGGCGGUGCAGGAACCAACCGAUGCAAAUAAACUUGUCGGUGACUGGGCAGUGGUCACCAACGACAAAAUCGACGCUUACAAUUAUUUAUUUCAAAAGGUACUCCGAUACUCAAAAGUAAAAAUUUGGUCAAGUGGAAAAUUGGUGGCAGCUCAAAAUUUGGAAGACUCGCUUGACGGGUAUCAUUUAGGGUGGAAAACUUUAAUACAAGACACGCAGAUUCUGUUAAACAUGUAUUGUAAUGAUAAUAUGAACUACAAUGAUGCGACCUGCUGCAGUAACUUGGAAAAAGUGAGCAAUCUUCAGUUGGUUACAUUUGUCAUUCUUGGGUUGAGCUUUCUACUAUUGUGUAUCUUGUUUGUUCGAAAACACUGGAGGCGACUGUUCCCUGGCUCAAAUUACGUAUACCAGCGUUUGAAGUAUAAUGGAUACUCAUCUUAUGAAGCCAAGGAAAAAGCAUCCGACAUAAUAUAUGGACCUGUUGCGGCCCUUGGAAAAUUGGCUGUCAUUAUGACAUUCUUCUUUAUCUGCGAUAGAACGACCAUGUUCAUGAAGGAAAACAAAUAUUUUACACAGACCAAUUUUUGGUUGCCGGUAAUAUACAUUCUAGUCCUGGGAAUUUUCUUUACAGAAGAUAGUGCAUUUACCAAAGUGCUUCACUAUGACCAAGAGAAUGAAACCAAAGGGUGGAUGGUCCUCUUAAUUCUUGUGUACAAUAUGAUGGGAGCUAGUCAAGUUUUACCAAUAUUUAUGUUUGUAAAAAUCCUGUACUCUGCAUUUCUAUUUCUACAUGGGUGGAACCAAUUCUUGUCAUUCUUGCAAAGAGGAGAGUACAGUUUCGUCAGAUUUCUUCAAGAGAUGUUUCGAUUAAAUUUGAUGACAGUGCUCUUAUGUCUCUGUAUGAACAGACCCUAUCAGUUUUAUGAUUUUAUUCCACUAAUUUCAUUUUGGACACUGGUUGCCUUUAUUGGGUUGAGUAUACCACCGAGAGUUAAGUGGACGGCGUGUGACACCAGUUCCUUAAACUAUCUUUACCUGGUUUUGAAAUUAAUUGGAAUAUUUAGCUUCACUACUAUUCUGUACAUGUCAGAAGUGUUUUUUGAAAAAGUAUUUAUAACGCGACCUUGGAAAGCCUUGUUUGUAUCAACGGAUGAUGACAUGCAUGACUGGUGGACAAGAUGGAAAAUUGAUCGGUACAGUGUUCCGAUGGGAAUGCUCCUUGCACUGGGCUAUCACGUCGGAAGAAAGUACAAGAUUUUAGAGGAUGACAAUCAUGGGAAUCUCUUUUCUACAAGAAUCUCUCUAGUUGCUGUUUUGUUCUCAUUGAUGGGAAUCAUUGGAUAUGGCACAUUUUCCGUGUUCUGUCGCAACCAACUCGAAUGCAUUGAAAUCCAUUCGUAUGUGGGAUUUCUUCCAAUUGCAGGGUAUAUAUUUCUUCGCAACGUAUCAGGAGCUCUAAGAACGAGGUUCUCCGCAUUUUUUGCAUGGUUCGGCCAAUUUUGGGUCGAACUCCUUGUUGGACAGUAUCACGUAUGGAUGGGUGCUGACGGACAUGGAGUGUUGGUUCUUGUUCCGGCUUAUCCUGUGGGCAAUGUGUUGCUGACAGCAUUCGUGUUUGCCUGCACAGCCCACGAAAUAAGAAAAUGUACAAAUGCUUUAUUGCCAUACGCGGUCCCCGAAGACUGGAGAAAAGCCACGAGGAAUUUAUUUCUGUUCCUUCUCGUCCUGAUCCCCAUUGGCAUCCAUGACGGAAUGUUUUAACAUCAGUUAACCAAAGUUAUUUUUGUUUAGAUUCAUAUUUCUUUGGAUGACUAUGAUAUUUCCCAUGCAUGCUAUAAUGCUAUUGUUUAUGCUAACAACCAAAGCACACCACGCCAAUCCUUAUUAAACUUGAUAUGAUUUAUUAACCGUCAUUUAAAAUUUUGAAUUGAGAGGUCUUACAACUUGUAAACUUUAUAUAUUUUUUGACUUGAGACUGUUUUGUUAAUCAGAUUAUUCAAAUGCUGAUUUGUGAUCUUGAAACUAAUACUUAAAAUAAAAUACAAUUUUCAAAACGGA